GGCGGCGGCGGCGGCGGUGACGACGGUGGUGAAUCCCGGGACGGAUGGAAGCGAGUCCAGGCAUGCUCCUUCUCUGGCGAACAAUGAGGACGAAGAGGAUUACGCGAUGCUGUAUCGACAGGCCAACCUGGGGCAUUCGACGACAGUGUGCGCCACGGCGACGACGACGACGGGUAUAAUGACGCGCGUCGCGACGUCGCGCGAUAAGAAACGGCCGUCGGAGAACGGAGAACGGUCCUCGACGGCGAACGGUCUUGGGAGUAAUAACGAUCCGAUGGUGUCCGGCGCGAAGACGUAUCAGAGCGCACGGCUCCAGCACGGUGGUGACGCCGUGUCGUACUCCGCGAGGAUGAGCGGCGAGUACAAUCCUGCGACGAACAGUAAUAGUAGUAUCGUCGUGCGAUCGAAUCCGAGCGACAUCGGUCUUCUCGGUGGUGAGGACGACUGUGUCGCGUACGGUACAUCGACGUCCGCCGGUGACGGUAGUAACGGGAUCGCGCUGAGCGUUCAAAACGCCGCUGAGCAACAGGCUGCGACGAGCGUGGAUGACAAGAGCCGGCAGCAAGACGGUUUCGAUAAUCAGCAGGCCACCUCUUCGGCGCCGACGGUGGUCAGUGUUGGUGACGGUAAUGGUGUUGGUGUCGCGACCACCGGCUGCGACUCGGUCAGGUCCGACGAGUCAUCGACGACGACCUAUAGCAGCCUCAGUAGUCCUGACGAGAGUCAGAGUCAUCAGCCGGGACUGCAGCACGACGGUGGUGGCAUGCCGGCGAGUAAUAAUCAUCCUGGCGGUGGUAGUGCGUGUGCGCAGCAGGCUGCGCGGCCGUCGCGUGUCAAUGGUAGUAACAAUGGUAGUAACGUGCAGCAUAACGCAGUGGUGUUGACUAUGAACGGCAGUGCAGUGGUUACGCAGCAGCAGCAGCAGCAACAACAACAACAACAACAACAACAACAACAACCGCAACAACAACCCUCUGCCAUCACCGUGCCACGUGGAUGGAAAAGGAUAUGCACCAACGGGGUCAUCAUUUACAUCAGUCCAAGCAGUACGGCGCUGGGUUCGCUGGACCAACUGAAGGAAUAUCUGACAACAGUGGGAACCUGCAAAUGUGGCCUCGAGUGCCCACUCAGACCCGAACAGGUGUUCAACUUCGACCCCAAGGUUGCGACGCGACCUUGGAGCCCGGAUCAGGGCAAGACGCGGGAGAUGACCAAGCUCUGCAACCAUAAGAGAAAACUUCUGCUGCCGGCUGCAGCCGCCAGUCCUGUUGCGUCCUGUACGCCGGCGGUCUCGUCGUCGACUUUAUCUUCUGGCCCGACAACGGCCUCGAUUCACGCGAACGCCGACUCGCCCACGUCGCCGGGUAAAACCAGAAAAGAUGGUCUCAGCAAGAAGAAGAAGAGGAAACUAGGAGGCAUAGGCGGCAUUUAUUCCGGCGUCUCGGUUUCGCAACUUCUGGCACAACGGGAGAGAGCUAUUGCCGCGGUUGCGGCAUCUGGAGUUCAAGGUUCACCGGUGCCUAAUGGAUCGCAGGUAUGGCCAAUCGCGAUUCCAAAUCUGCAAGUCCAACAAAACGGACAACAAAUCUGUCAUCAAUCUUUAAGUUCGCCUUCCCAGAAUCAUGACGUGAGCAGUUGUGCUAGAAAUCCUCAGCAGAGGUUAAAUCAACAUAAUAUGUCAGGCAUGCUGAUGAGCAACCCGUUGAUUAUGAAUCAACAGGGUACAAAUUUUAAUAAUAUGACUCAACAGCAACAGCAGCUUUUACAGCAGCAACAUCAACAACUUAUACUACAACAGCAACAGCAGCAGCAGCAGCAGCAGCAGCAGCAGCAGCUCAUUCAGCAGCAUAUAUCGCAGCAACAGCAACAAUCGCAGCAGUUGUUGCCGCAUCAACAACAGUUACAACAUAUGCAAAUUUUACAAGAACAGCAGCAGCAGCAACAGAAUACUGUGGUAAAUCAAUUAGCACAACAGCAGACUCCUCACUAUAUCAAUCAGUUAAAUCAGCAGUCAUUACAUAUAAUGCAACAACAGCAGCAGCAGCAUUUAAAUCAACAGCAACAGCAGCAGCAACAACAGCAACAAAUGCAUUUGCAGCAAAUUCAAAAGCACAAUAUGCAACAGCAGCAGCAUUUAGCUCAGGAAGUGGAUCAACAACAAUCGGCAAAUUACAAUACUCAACAUUCUGUUGAGAAUUAUGCGCAUCACAUGCAGCCGUCACAAAUAUCAAAUCAAACCGUCCUUCAUCCGCAAUUGCAUCAACUUCACCAACAUCAAAUGCAACCACAACAGUCGCAACAAAGUCAACACGCUAUGCAAUCUCAGUCGACGGAUCCCUUCCAGAUGCAGAUUCAUCAGCAGCUACAACAGCAACAACAACAGCAACAACAGCAUCAGCAACAAAUGUCGCAAGUGUGCAUCCAGCCGCAAUAUUCAAAUCAACAAUUGAAUCAUCACUCUGUAGACAUUAUGCAACAGCAAACAGGUUCUGCUGUCAUGAGCAAUAUCAAUACUAUCGACCUUCAAAAUAGGCAUAACCGAACGUCGUCAGUUGAUGAAGAUCUAAACGCGAAACAGUUACAACAGCAGCAACAACAGCAGCAGCAACAGCAGCAGCUUUUAUUACAUAAUCAUUCUAUGCAGCGACACCAUGUAGUUCAAAAUGGCGGUUUGCCUAAUAAUCCUCAUGAGAAUGUUCAGCGGAUGUAUGCUCAGAAUCAAGUACAAUAUCCGGCACGGAAUUUUGAUUCUUCGAAGGGAACGAAUACGGAUGCCAAAAUGGGACAUCAACAACAGUUUCUGUCCAAUCAUACGGGACGAAGCCCGAAUGCCAGUCACACCGUUGAGGUGCAACAAUCUGGUAUGGGACCAAACGGGCAGUCCGGCAAUAUGCAUUUCAACAAUAGAACACCGCCGUGGCAACAAAAUCGUGCCACGGUUGCAUCCCAUCAGCCGUCCGUUGUCACGGUUCAAAAUGUUACCUGCAAUUCGUUUGACCGUGUACCACCGCUUCAUCAUCACAUUCCACAGCCUUCCAAUUGGACGGAUGAGGCUGCACGGAAAAAGGCAAAGUCGAAUAAAAUAAUAGUGAAGAAACAGCGACAGCAUGGUGUCGCCGAAUUGUCGAGAACGAAUAACGGAUUAGAACAUUCGACACCGAGUCCAGUAGAUGAAUUUAGCGAGAACAAUCAGCAAAAUAACGGUCAGAUAGGUUCGACAUUCAACAGCAGCGGCCCUUCGUUCCUAGAGGAUCCUAGCGGGUACCUCGCUCAGCAAACGGCGUUGCUAAAUAGCACAAUAUCACGACAGACCGGUGUCAGUAGUUCCCAAGUGGGCAUGUUAAACAAUAACUCGAAAGCAUUAUCUCAGACCAGUCAUGGUAUGCAUAUGUCUACUACUUAUAUUCCUCAACCAAAGCCUUCCUGUAUCGCCAGUCCCACGAGUACCUCGUCAUUCGCUUCCGUAAAAAAUCACGCAACUUCACCGGUUGUUGUACAUAGCAGUAUGACACCGACAUCAAGCAGUGGCACGGAUUCUGAGAGCAGUCCAUGUCAAGGCUGUGUCACCAGUGCCGACACACAAUCCUAUAUUCAAGAUCAAUAUAAGCAGCAAAUGCAGCGACAGUACCUGAUGCAUACGGAUCAGCGUGAAGAUCCUGUUACUUCGUCGACGUUCGGCGAGCGAUAUCAAACAAAUAAUCAACCACAAGCUGAUUCCAGACCGAUACAAGGUGGUACUGUGAGCACCAGUCAUGGAUCUCCUAUCGGCACAAAUAGCCCAGCUAAUUCGGAUACACCAGCAGCCUCGACACCUGGAAUUUCGCAGCCAGCAACCCCGCAGAGUCUUAUCUCAUCGCAACCAGCGACACCACAUAGUUACUCGCAACCGCCGACACCUCAUUCACAUGUCUCGGGCCAAAUGCCAUCGCAGACACUAACUCCACAAGCGCAACAGCAGUUGUCGCAAUCCUUGAUCGGUAGCAUUCAAGAACAAAGAUCAGAAACUCCAAGUUCUGGUACAAUGAGUUCCAGUGGUAUUCCACCUAGCACGUCGCCAUCACAGAUGUCCUCUUCUACAUCAGAUAAUUUAACAUCACAAGUGAAACGGCAAAUGACUAGGCAAAAUUCUCUAGAUGGCUAUCAACCUCAUCCACACACCGUCAAUACGGUCUCCAGGAUACCCAUAAAUACUUUUAGUGGAACAUCAUCCGUGAUAACAACUAUGGCAAGCGGUCAUACAGUUAGCAGUAAUACGAUUACGUCUGUGUUAGCUGGAAGAGCAAACACAGCCACUGUUUCCAUAAACACACCAUCUGCGAUACCGAAUCCUGCUAUACCCAGUCUUCUACCGAAUAAGGUACAGCACCAGGUACAAUCUACGGCAUUGACAAAUAUGCCGGGUACUCCAGUUACAACCCACUCCUCUAUUCCACUUAGUCAAUCUUUGACGAUGAACGUGUCUAAAUCACCGCUUGAAAUGGUUCAGAGCGUUGUUAGUAGUAUACAAGUACCUCAGACGAGCAUAAACUCGUCAUUGCAGCCGCAAACGCAGCACCAACAGCAACACCAACAGCAGCAGCAGCAGCAGCAGCAGCAGCAGCAGCAGCAACAGCAGCAUCAUCAGCAACAGCAUCAUCAGCAGCAUCAACAGCAGCAACAUCAACCACAGCAACAACAACAUCCUCAAGCUAAUGUUCAAGUUCAUAACGUCCUCACUUCAGGUGGUAUAUUGAAACAUCCUGCCGGAUCGACGCUACCACCUGGUCAUAUAUUGGUAUCCAGCGGUGGUCAACUCAUAAUGGCGAGUACUGGGUCGGCUAUCAAUGGUGUGAUGGCGCCUCCUCCACCGAAAAUCAUUUCUAAUGCUAAUUCUAUGCCACCGCUGUCAGUGUCGCCGAUGGUUACCAGCGUGACCGGAGCUGUCAGUCAAGUAAUCCCCGCGGUGGGUGUAGCUCAACAAGUGAUAGGGCAACCCACGGUGCUCGUGAAUACUAUUCAAACUCCAGUGUUGAUUCAACCUAGCGUAAUGACGAUGGACAGUAUAGGCCAAAACGUGCAGAUACCACAUCUGACGGUUGCCACCGGUAACGUCAUACAAAACACUCAGUCGAUUAUUGACGCUAAUCAGGACGUAUCUAGGACGAUCGGUGCCAAUCAAGGCAUGACGGUAAAUCGACAACCAGCACUCUUAUCGCCGGAAUCAACGAUGACCAAGAAAAAGGCGUAUAAGAAACGAAAAGCGAAUCCACAAACUGUGGCGUCAAUGCUACACAUCGCUUCGUCCCAGCAAAACGCUGGUAUGUUGAUGCAGUCGCAAUCAAAUUUCGCCCAGCAAAACUUUCAAACUCAGAGCAUAGGCGGACCCAUGCUCCAGGCGCUAACUAUUGUGCCUGGUAAAGGUGGGGCGCCGGCGCAACUUGUAAUGAAUGGUCAGACCGGCGCAGCAUCCGCGCAAUUCAACGCUCAACAAAUAAUCACGAAUCCUCAACCAACUCAGCAGAUAAAUCUUCUUCAACCGGUAAACUUAUUAAAUGGCGCGGCCGGGAUGGUUCAAAAUUUUCCCACUAUUCAGCAGUUUAUCGUGCCUGGUAUGGGUAGCAUGGUAAUGUCUGCAGACGGAACGGCCACGUUAUUGCAAGAUACGGGUAAUAUUGGGAUGCAGUUUCAGAUACAGAACGUCAAUGGCCAGAACGUAUUGACGCCGGUACAAAGUCAUAGUGGUAUAUUUAAUCCGAGUCAAAGCAUAUUGGCCGCUGGUCCAGCCGGUAUGGUCAUAAGAGCGCCGCAAGCGACUGGUGGAAAGAUAAUUCAACAGCACAGUCCAGGAGCGCAGUUUCUUUCGCCGAAUAGUGGCCAGUUCCUAGUGAAUGGUACAACAUCCUUCGGGAAUCAACUGAGCCCGAUAGUUGCCAAUGUUAGUCCGAAUCAGCAAGUGACAUUUAACACCUCGCAAGUAAGACCGUCAAACAUGCAAGGUCAGCAGGAAUUCAUACAGAUGAAUGGACAAACGCUUAUGGUACCUUGCGCGACCGCACAAAACAUAGCUGUCUCAUCAGCGUCGAAUCAACAAAAUACAACUUUUGUUCAACAGAACACGACGAUCGUACAGCAACAGACGACCAUGGUCUCGAACAAUCAGAUACCAAAUUUUCAAAGCGCAGCUUCUAAUGGCGGACAAACUGUCGAUCCUUCUUUAAAUCUCGAUAACCAGUCGUAUAUUCUGAGUUCCGGUAUGAUUCAGGGUAAAGCGGCGUCAUCUUCUCCGAAGAGCGGUGUAAAUUCCCCGUCAUCCGAUCAAAAUGUCGAACAACAGCAAUAUGUGCUCGCUAGUAGUAGUACGACCGUCGUGGAAAAAACGGCUCAACAAAACGAACAGCACAGCCCGUUGAUGGCGAGGCAUUCUGUAUCGACGCAAACCGCAGGGAACCAAACGAACGUGGCACAAUCGACGAUGAUGCGACAAGGAUCUCCUCCCGACACAACCACUCAUAGUCCAGGAAACAGUCAGAGGUCUAAUAGUCCGGCUGUAGACACUACUACACACGGUGCAGCAUCGCCAGCGCCUCCAAUUACCGCUAGACAUCAUUCAUCGUCUACGCCUAUGGUUCAUUGCGUAUCGAGCAGCGAACCGGACUCGGGUGACACACAGGUGGCGUCGGAGGAUUGGAGAAUGCAGGGUAUCGCCACCAAGGAAAUUACGUUAAAUCAACCGAGUUUGCACGGAAAGACCUACGUAGAGUCGACGGUGACAACUGGGAUCCAGAUCUAUACGUCAGAGACAUUGAAGCAAGCCGAAGGUGUGGUGAGCACGGUGAGGUGCGAGGGCAGGGAACAUGCCCUCGGCCGCGGAAUCAAGCGAAAGCUGGACUCCAUCCAUUCCAUGCAUUCUACUCUGCAUGAAGACCAAGAUGUAGCAGAGACAAAGGACGUAAACGACGGAAACCAAUGGAAACUGAUGGUCGGUGAUCUAGUGUGGGGCGCAGCAAGAGGAAGUCCGGCCUGGCCGGGGAAAGUCGAGUCUUUGGGCCCCCCGGGUACUAUGACGGUUUGGGUUCGGUGGUACGGGGGCGGGGGUGGUCGCACCCAAGUCGAUGUCAAGGCUCUCAAGUCCCUCUCCGAAGGCCUCGAGACGCAUCAUCGCGCCCGUAAAAAGUUUAGGAAAAGUCGUAAAUUGAAUAUGCAAUUGGAAAACGCGAUACAAGAGGCGAUGGCGGAACUGGACAAGAUGACGGAAGCCUCCAACGACCAGAAAGAUACCAAAAAGUCGCCCAAGGUGACAUCAUUACCGGCGACAAGCUCGAAGAGUGUCGGCGUCGGAAAAUCGGAGGCCAAGAGAUCAUCGAAGAGAGCCGUGGCCACUGUGGACCAUGCCAAAACCGAACAGAAACAAUGUCGGUGAUCCGUGUCGAUUACGGUUGUUUGAUAAAUAUCCGCAAUCAACAACUCUCGUUGCCUGUCAUAAAUCGCGAAGUAUCGAUAAUCUUCGCGCAGCAAUGUAAUUAGUCAGCUUUUUCAGUUUAAUAAAUUAUUAAUAAUUAAAUAACACAAUUCUACACGAAAAUUACACGUCCUAUAAAUUUACCGAUACAUUUCUGUUUGCUUCAGUCGACAACUAUAAAUCACAAUCGUGACCAUACAUAGUGCCCGGUUGCAAUGCGGGUACAAUUUAGUGCAGCUGUGAUGUGGAUUCUAUUACAUGUAACGAAUCUAACACGAGAGAUGAAAUUGAAUCUAUUGGUGCAGAAAUACAUGAUGCUACGAUGCUAUGUUAAUAUGAUACGAACGAUAAAAGCGUCGCUUUAAGAAUCAUCUUAAAACAACGCGUACUAAAUCUCGGUGAUUGAUAUGAUCUGCUGCAUCCGAAUAGUCGGAAUUCUAAAAUCAUUACGAGAAUUUUUAUCUUAGACCAAAAUAUUGUACAAUUUUACUCCUACAUGUUAAAAUUGUUUCUUAUAGCUUAAUCAAUACGCUUUGGGACAUUCUGUCUCUGAUCAUAAUCAAAAGGCUCGUCUGAUAAUUUUAUUAAAUCGAGCAAAGAAUUUUCGAUUACUCGGAUGCAGAAGCGACGGCCAUGGAAAACGUGGCAUUAAACAUAGAAGUGUAUUGCGAUAGUGGCAAGCAAGUAUCCUUUCCUGUAAAUUUAUCAACACAAAGCCUAAGCAACCGUAGCAUCUGUUGCAACAUCUUUAGCGUAUUCCGUUUGUAACAAAUAACAUCCGUUUUUAAUAGAGAAAAGAAAAACGGUCAGACAAAAUUGCAAAUUCGAAUAAUCAAUAGCGACAUACAGGAAAUACUACGGCCGAUUCACCAAAAAUAGGCCUACAGCAUGCAUUCUUAGAUUAUUUAUAACACACAUGUAUGUAAUCACAGAAAGUAAAUAGAAAAGCAAUAGUUUCUCACAGGCGUUUCUGAAUUGGUAGAGAAGAAGAAUUACACUUGUCAACACACAGACGAAUAAUUUGUCACACGAUUAUUUUAUUCGACGAACGCUCGUCUAUCGAUUCCUUUAUUGAAAUAAUACAAAGAAUGGCGUUUUGAACGCAAACUUUUUAUGAUAAUGCAUAUUGAACGAUUUCCCGGUUACUGCGCGCGGUUUUUACAAUUUACACGUGCGAUUGGGAGGCAUGGAUGUUUCCUGAAAAUAUGUACUCGCCCACGUAUUCGGGCGAUCGUAUAGGCAAACGUGUAUAGUUUUAAAAAGAUAUUUUUGCGAACGAACCUUCAUUACACUAUCCGUAGAGAAUAAUGCAUUUUUUUAGAAAGCUAUACACAGUGGAUUAUUGUUUUACUGUGACGAUGUCGUGCUACAGGCUCGUUGAACCAUUUUAAACUUAUAUGCGUCCACAGGACGCUUUUGAUCUGCGCGAUCAUUUUCUUAAACAAUGUUCCUCGAACAACGUUAACCUGGAACACGCUGCGACUGAAUAAUUCAUGAUUUAGUAUACGGUGGCGAAGCGAUCGCAAACCGCUGCAAAGUUUGGCAUCCGGUGUUUUUAACGACUAACAUAAGUGAUUGUUCUUUAAUGACGUUUUAAAUUAGCUUAGAUUUUUUCAGAACGUACAACAAAUUUUAAAAUUCCUAGAUUCUUUUGAAAAGUCAUAUAGUUUUAAUCAAAUAAAUGCAAGUCAAAUAAAAUUUUGUGGUAAGAGUUAAAAUAUGCUAUCGAUUUAGAAUUUCUUGGGAAAAAGUGGCUCUGAAAUAAAUAUUCGGUUAUGUUUCGUCUCUAAGAAAUAUUAUGUAAUUGUAUUCAAUUGCGUGAUGCCGCAUUAAUUUGGCUAUAUUUCUGUAAAGUCUGUU